AUGGCAACAAAUCGUACUACAGUCGAAAAACAACGUCUCGUAGAAGAAUUGCAUGCUCCGGCAAGAAGAACUUUUCCCCGUAGACGCGUUAUCGUACGCGGGUACGAUGAUCUCUGGCAAGCGGAUGUGGUAGAGAUGCGUCCGUAUUCGCGUUUCAACAGANGCUCCCACUACAUACUUACGGUUAUCGAUGUGCUGAACAAGUACUCGUGGGCCAUACCGCUUAAGAGUGAGACUGGAUAUAAAGUCUCCAAAAGUUUUGCAGGGAUAUUUCGGAAUAACAAACGAUGUCCAAACAAUUUGCAAACUCACCGUGAAAAGGAAUUCUACAAUAUAGAUGACAAACACUGA